AUGCUGUUCAACUCACGUUACCUAGCUGCUAUAUCGUUAUUCCUUUUGACCUCGACUGUAGCGGCUGCCCCCGUUCCCGAGGCCGACAACCUUGUUCGGGGAAACGUUGACUGGAAACGGUCAGAAAUCCCCCGGGGCAAUGUCGAUUGGAAACGUUCGGAGAACGAGUCCAGGGGAAACGUUGACUGGAAACGGUCAGAGAUCGACACGCGGGGAAAUGUUGACUGGAAACGUUCAGAGGUCGAUACUAGAGGCAAUGUCGAUUGGAAACGCUCAGAGAAUGAUGCUCGGGGAAAUGUCGAUUGGAGGCGUUCUGAGAACGAUGCUCGAGGCAAUGUCGACUGGAGACGGUCAGAGAACGAUGUCCGUGGCAACGUUGAUUGGAGACGGUCAGAAAACGAUGCUAGGGGAAACGUUGAUUGGAGACGGUCAGGGAAUGAAGUUCGCGGAAAUGUCGAUUGGAGACGGUCAGAGAAUGAUGCUCGUGGCAACGUCGAUUGGAGACGGUCAGACAGCGUUGCUCGGGGAAAUGUCGACUGGAGACGGACAGAAAGCCAGGCCUAG